AUGACACCCUCACGGUCUUCGUCUCCAGAGGAGCAAACCGAUGUCUUCUCGCUAGACACCAGUCUGAUCCCGCCGCGGGAGAACAAGGUCGCAGGAACCACAAGCAUCACCUUUGACGGUAUCCUCCCUUGUUGUGGCACCGCGGACUCCUCCUACGCCCAUGGCGCACCGCUUCUCCUCCACGAAGACCUGCAAGAGGGCUGCGGCGGCCAGCUCUGGCCCGCGGGCAUGGUGCUCUCCAAGUACAUGCUCACGCACCACAAGACACAGACGCUCCGGGGAAAGUCGGUCGUGGAGAUCGGCGCGGGCGGCGGCCUCGUGGGUCUGGCCGUCGCGCUGGGCUGCGAGGUCGACGCGGACAAACCCAUCUACAUCACCGACCAGGUGCCGAUGUUCGCGCUGAUGCAGAAGAACAUUGCGCUGAACAAUCUGCAGGGACGCGUGAAGGCCGAGGUCUACGACUGGGGCACGCCGCCGCCCGCCGGCAUGCUGGCGCCGGGACAGUAUCCGGACGUCGUGCUGGCCGCGGACUGCGUCUACUUUGAACCCGCGUUCCCGCUGCUGCUGACCACGCUGCAGGACUUGAUCGGCCCGUCGACUACGUGUUACUUUUGUUUCAAGAAGAGACGAAAGGCCGACAUGCGCUUCAUCCGCGCCAUGAUGAAAAAGUUUGCGGUCGAGCACGUCCAGUACGACGGUCGAGAGGCGGAUCAGCGCGAGGGCAUCUUCCUUUACACAGUGCAACGAAGAAGAUAG